AUGUCAGACGAAGUCGAUAAACUACACAAUAUCAUACGACGGCUUGAUGAAAAGCUUAAGACUUUUUCUGACCAGGUUCAAAGCCUCAAGGAGGAACUAACUAAAAGUCACCAAGACAACGAUGAGGCAUCGAGAUUGAUAGACAAUCUUUCUGAAGAAUUGGAGAAGCGAACAGUUGAAGUCAACGUCUUAUCGAUUGAAAACAGAAAUAUAGAGUCUGAGUUGCAGGCUGUCAACAAAUCGUACAAUUCACUCAAGAAAGAGUAUGCUAAAGCUAAGGAUCAAUUAAUACUCCAGUUUGAGGUGGAACAUGAUAAUAUUAAUGAGACAAUGAGUCCAGAUCAACUUCGAACACGAAACAAGUUGUUGGAAUUGACACUGGUGAAGCUUAGAGAAGAAUCAUUGGAUAAUGAGUUGAAACUUAGUGAAAAGGUCAACUCGUUAACGGAUAAGGUUUCCAAGUAUGAGACUAGGGCUUCAAUGCAAACCGAUUUGGGAAGAUUGAAUGAGGAACUUCAAGCCCAGCUAGAGAAUUUACAGAAGCCCGAAGAAUUGAUUGAAAAUCUUACGCUAAAAAAUCAAGAUCUAAUUACUCAGAACGAGAAGCUUGCUGAGAAUGUGAAAGAGCUCGAAGAACUAGAGUCCUUGAAUCAAGAGCUUAUCGAGAAUCACAGUUUAAUUCAAACGGAGCUGAAGCAGGAGGUUUCACAGUUGGAAAAGAAAUUGCGAGAGAGAGAGCAGCAGAUUGAUGAGCUUGACUCGAAGAUUCAGAAACUUGAAAAGGUAAUUCUACGUCUGAAUGCUGAAAAGAGCGGUUCAACGGUUCAGGAAAAGACUUCCCAGCCAAUCAUAACAGAAGAAUCGAUUGUAGAGGUUCAUGAAAUGAGUUCUAAGAAGUUCAACGAACAUUUGGAUAACUUACUGAUAAGAGAGGAUAACUUCAAGAUUGGCGUAAUGAAGAAACUUGUUGAUCUCUCAACUUUAACGUCUUAUUUCUUUGAAAGAGUUGCUGCUCAAGUGCAUCUUGGAAAAGAAGAAAGGCAUCUAAAGUCCGCUAAUUGCCUUUUCAAGAUCAACGCUUACGCUACCUCCCUGUUGGAAGUUUACAAAUUUAAAUCCACUGUGAUACCACAUGAGAUUGUUGAGCAGAUCGACGUUUAUCUACGCGAAUUUGUCGAUAACUACAAAGAAGGACAGUUAGAACUGGAUAUACAGCUGGACCUAAUAAGUUGCGACGAUUUGCUCCGAGGACGAGAGCUGGCUAUCAUACAGUUGUCCACUUUUAGCGAAGAGUUGAAAUUGGGAUUAAUAGUAAUUAACAAUCUAGAAGGAUUCAAGGUGGGUCAGAUUAAAGAGAAUCUUUCCAGAUUGAUCCAAUUAACAGACGCCAAGUUGACUAAGUUGAUAAGCAUGAGAGCAGCAAGGGAAGGAGUUGCAAGUAUCACAAUUGACGUUAAACCGCUUCAUAUCUAUCUUUGCAAUCUAAUUGCUACCUUUGAUUCGCACCAUGUUACAGAAGACGAUAUCAUUCUCGAUGCAGCAGUCAUCAAUCAAAAAUGUAAAUUAUUAGAACGCCUUGAAUGGAGGCGGGAAAAGAUACCUGUAUCCAUCGUAUUACAAGAGGAUGCCUCGAAGCUGGUUCAGCAUGCUCUUGUGAAACAGCCAGAGACAAAUAAUGAUGGUUUCAUUGACAAACUUAAUCUGAAGAUCGGUGUCCUUGAGGCAAGGUUGAAGAAGCUUCAAAUUAAUGAGGAGAAGUUGACCGAGGUCGGUAAAUCCCUUGAAGACGAACAUAUAACGAAUGAAAACCUCGUCAAACAGGUGACCGAGCUGAAAUCUUUGAAAGAAGAGCUACAGGACAAAAUUAAUCAUAUGAACAAGUUAUUAAAUGCAUUUGGUCUUGAUCAUUACAACCACGACGAGCGUGAAAGUAAGAGUCAAGUGCAUGAAGAAUUCCAUAACUUGACCAAGAAUAGAAUGAUCAACGAGAUCGCCAAACAGAGAGAUCUAAUAGAGAGGUUAUCGACCAAAAAAGGGCCUUCAGAGGAUUAUUCUUGGCUUGAACAAGAUAUAUCUGUCGCCAGAUACCGUGAUGAUGGAAAGACGGCCAUAUUUAUAGAUGGUUUGUUUGAUCUAGCACUUAAUUUUAUUGCAGGUGCCCGUACUAUAUCGAAGCAGAAGCAUGAUGUUGCCGAAUAUUAUGCUGGUAUCAUGGAAGAGAAGCUCACGGAUUUUAUUUUGAGAUCAUAUGGUGGGAAAGGAGAGGAAAGUUAUCUGAUGAAUCUUUAG